AUGGCUGACGAGUUCACGAGGAAGUCAUUGGACCCUGAACAUGCGGCGACUCGCAUUGACAGCAAUGGCCUUGCCGUCACCGAAGAAACAGCACAUGUCAUCGACAAAGAUGCUGAGAAGAGGCUCUGCAGAAAGUUUGAUUUCCGCAUCCUACCCGUACUUGCUAUAAUGUACCUAUUCAAUUCACUCGACAAGAGCAAUCUAGGAAAUGCAAAGACGGAUGGGCUUCCCACAGAUCUGGGCUUCGCUACUGGUCAAUACAAUCUGAUCGUCGGCAUCUUUUUUGUCCCAUAUGUCAUUUUUGCGCCCCCCUUCGCAAUGCUGGCGAAGAAGUACGGCCCUUCUAGGGCGCUUCCAACCAUGAUGUUCACCUUUGGAUCUCUCACACUCCUGAUGGCUGCUGCCCGCAACUUUGGUGGUGUAUUCACACUCCGUUGGUUCCUGGGUAUGGCCGAAAGCUCCUUUUUUCCAGUGGUCAUCUACUAUUUGACCACCUUCUACCGACGUGGUGAACUGGCUCGCCGCCUGGCCAUCUUCUACGCCGCCUCGAACAUUGCCAGCGCUUUCAGUGGGUUGUUGGCCUUUGGUGUGUUUCAAAUCGAAUCACAUCUUAUCGACUUCGCAUGGCGCUGGCUGUUCAUCAUCGAGGGAUCCUGCACGGUCCUAUUCUCAUUCUUCGCUCUCUGGUACUUGCCGAAGAGCGCGGCAGAGGCAAAGUUUUUAAAUGAGGAGGAGAAAGCACUGGCUUACCACCGUAUACACGUCGACAGCUCGUCCAUCGUUAACGAAGAGUUCAAGCUGCGAGAUGCUCUCAAGAUCUUCAAGCUACCUAGCACUUAUGGCUUCUUGCUUAUCGAGAUCUGUUUGGGUGUACCCUUGCAAGGAGUGCAGCUCUUCUUGCCUCAGAUCGUUGCUCGUCUAGGUUAUGACUCGGUCAAAACGAACCUAUAUACCGUAGCACCGAAUGUGACCGGUGCUGUGAUGUUGUUGAUCCUUGCCUUCAGCUCCGACUUGACAAGGAUUCGUUUCCCAUUCAUCAUGCUUGGUUUUGCUUUCACUUUCAUCGGCAUGAUCAUUUACGCUUCGAUCACGGACGUUCAUGCGCAAAUCCGGGUGGCUUACUUUGCGACGUUCAUGAUGUGCUGGGGUACGUCGGCGCCCUCGGUGCUGUUGAGUACAUGGUACAACAACAAUAUCGCUCACGAGGGUGAGCGUUUGGUCCUUACAUCUGUUGGUGUACCGCUGGCGAAUCUUAUGGGCCUGGUUUCCAGUAACUUGUUUCAGGACAAAGAUGCGCCCAAGUACAUGCCCGCGCUCAUUGCUACCGCGUGCUUUGGUGCGACUGGUUUCUUGGUCUCUGGUGCGCUUGGUACAUACAUGACGUUCGACAACAAGCGACGAAACCGCCGACAAGGGGUCACGCUUACUGCGCAAGAUGUGCCGACGUCGAGAUUAAGGGCUGGUCCGAAAGUGGACGACUUCAGGUGGUUCUUAUAA